AUGUCCAGUGGCAUAAGUCUGGUGAGCGCAACUCUCAGGGUAACGGUCCCGUACAGCCAAGCCAACAGUUCGGUGUAGGACAUUGUCCAGUGUUUCGCGAUUAGAGAAUGCAAAAUGGAGUGGUAGUUCGUGUUAACUGGGAGAAACAUCGACUUCUAAGUUCAGGAAAAAAAAUUCUUUGGCAUGCCCAAAUUUCCCAGUCCAAUGACUCGGUUGCUAAGGCGACAGUGUCUUCGCUUAUGUUGAAUCAUUCAAUGCUCUUUUCACAACUCGUAGAUCCUGUGUCCAAGAACUGCUUACGCCAUCGAAUAGGUCAAUGAUGCCCAUAUAUGAUAGACUUGUCAGAAUUGAUGUCACUACAUAUUGGCUUGUACUUUUCGUUAAAUACUCAAGUUAUCUGUUGAAAGAAUCGUGAAUCUUGGUUUAAGCCAAAACUAACGGAGAGACGGAAUAAAACUUGAGGUUUAUUAGACCAACAUGUACUAAUUUACGGCUUCAAAAUUUAACAGAACAGACUUGGUGUGAGUUGAGAGAAUUACUGAAGUGAGAAGAGUUUCAAGUGUCCACCCUUAGUGUUGAAAACGGCCAUAAAGAAGUCGUACAUAGAUUUGGUCAUGAUGUACAUUUGCUGGCUGUUUCUACUGUUGUUGACAGUUGCUUCCAGAAGUACAGCCUUUCCUCGUCCAUCUUCAUCUAGCCUAGGGGAGGGAUCUGCAGCUACAUUGAUUCCAUGGGUGGGAAGGUCAACUAAACACGCUCUAAAAGCUAACCCAAACGGAGAGAAGUUUGUCCAACCAGAGUUUAGCACUACUGUGCCGCUACCUCAUGGUUUCAAGCUAGGCAACAAAAAAGAACAUAUUAGUAGUUUUACUAACGACACUGGGCACAAUCCUUUUGUGGACUUGUUAGAAGGAACUGUUCCUCCAAGAAAUUUGAGUUUUCCAGAUUUUGCUACCCAAACAGAAACUACUCUCCCAAACCAUCAGCUAUCUUCAGAUGAAACAAAACGCCAUUUUGAUAUUACACAUUUACCUCUUGACCGAAGAACAGUUGAAAAUAAAAGGUAUAAUAAUUUCCCGAAAGAGUCUGUUUCGUUUUACGAAACGACUAGGUCAUCAGAGGUUCCAAGAGAAACAAAUAAAGAAAGACAUUUCCGUUUUAUGCCUCCAUAUGAACAGCCGGUGGAGGGUAACUCAGAGGGACACAAUAGAUGGCGAAGCAUUAUAGAAGACAAAAGCAGAACGGCUAUUUAUCCUAGAGGGAGAUUCAUAUUUGAAGGUUAUACAUUGAGUGUAAAACAAGAAAGUGCAACAACAGCUGCUAUAGCUAGGACCAUGGCAGCUCAAGCUUCAUCACCCAUUACUGACGACAUUAGUACAAAACUGGACCAGUUAUCGCAUACGAAUGACUUCACCACAGUUCCUAAUGUAGCCGAGAGUUCUACGUUUUUGCAAGACAAAACAUCCACUAUAAUAAAAGAACAUGGGCUAACUGAAAGUAGUUUUGAUGAUUCAAAUGGAGAAAAACUUCACGAUGCCACAAUACGAAACAUCAUUAUUGGUGCUGUUAUAUCGGCCGUUGCAGUUGUAUUCUUCGCAACAUUUCUUAUUGUUUGUAGGUGGAGACAACGUUCAAAGCGGAUGACGAAGCGGAGUGAAAAGUUUAUUGAUGAAGUUAGUUCCAGUACUUCGAGCGAAACGCAUGGUAAAACCAGAUCGCCUCCUGUUUUCCCAUCCAGUCGAAGAACGUAACUACCCCUUUCAAGCAUUAAAAUCAAACUAUAGGUUGUGGAUUCAGUGAUUUUUUUCCCUGUAAGCCAUUUGCACCACAAUGCUGAAAAACCGUGAACAUAAUUCAAAAUGGACGUCAUUAUUUAAGUGAACAUAACUGACAUUUUGUAGUGUGCCAAAGUCUUCUGGUAAGACAAGAUUAAAAUUACAGUAUAAAAUACAGUUACAGAUUAGAUUUUAUUUUCCUCCUAAGAAGAUGUGUCGAUAACUGUUUGAAAGGAUGCUAAUCUUAAUAUGUUAGAACUUAAAGACUUGGACUAUUAUCUGAGAGAGCUGUGUUUUGGAGUUGUGUAACUUGUUAUACUCAGUAAAGUAGGCAGAAGAAAUAAGUCCUGAGUUUACGUAUAAGAGUUAAUAUUUCCUUCGCUCUGAAGGAGGGGAAUUAAUACAGCUGUAUUGUCUUAAGCAUUUGUAAUACCAAAUAUAACAUGGAGCUAAAUAUAGACAGCUGGUCUGUAAAAUACAAAUGGUAAUUUAAGUCCUAGUUAUCACAAUAAGUUUAUUUUUAUAUCCCGUGUCUGGAACAUUCUGCGGUACAUUUUAGAAAGAAGGUAUAGUGUACAGCAUGUCCCGAAAAUCUCAUACCAUUCAAAGCUGGUACAAUAUCAAAUUAUCCAUAGACCUUUUGUGUAUUUUAGUUUUCAGUAUUCAUAGUGAUUGGCAAAAUAAUUACUGUAGUUUUAUUCCAAAAACGUGAAAAAAGUAAAUGUAAAUGCAGUUACUUUUGGUCCACCUUAUAGUAUUAGUAAAGUUACUGUUUAAGAGAUAUUAUAUUACCUUUAAUGCUGGUUAAUUGUCCAGUAUUUAUAUAUAUAUAUAUAUAUAUUUGUUUUAAUCUUUCAUAAAAUAGCGUAUUUUAAAGUAAACAGAUAAACAAUUAUGCAUCAUUAUAUUUAUAGAAGUGAGUGUUUGUAGUUAUGUCAUUUUAUUACAUUGGAAACAAAAUAUACAUUCUUGUGUAUGUGUAAUGUAUCUUCUAUGCCCAUCUUAUUAAACUUCUAAGUUAUUCAUUAUUUCAACACAUGUAAAACAAAGAUGUUGAUGGUUUAUUUCACCAUAGAACAGAAUAUUAGUGGUGUAAGAGAGUUGGAUGUAUAUGGUGUAGUCCAAACAAACAAAUCCAGGAAUAGAGUUUAAACAAUUAUACGGUAUAAAUAGUGUGUAAUAUCUUUUUGGAUAUGGUAGGAAAAAGUACUUCUUAAAGUAUCGUUCCUAAUUUGAAAUAUAUAUAUAUAUAUAUAUAU